GCUGCUGCUCAGGUUUAUAUUGGGCAGGGAGCACGGCCUGUCACUGUCUUGGCAAAACUCCCACUGGAAUACAUUCCUCCUUACUCUAUCACUCAGUUCACUGGUGAAAACCCGCUGUGGUUGAGGGCCACUGAAAGAAAGGAUAAGGACACUGGGAAGAACCAAAGUUCAGAGACCGUUCCAUUGCUUCCCUGGGUCUCUCAUUCAUUUAUUUGCCCCUGCGGGGCAGUAUUUUAGUUAGUUUUUGAUAUAUUUAUUUAUUUAUUUUUGGCUGGGGUGACUGAAUCAACAGAAAGACAACAGUUUAUUGGUUGUCUGAAGAAAUAAAGACAAGAUGUUUCAAGAGGUGCUUUCAAACAUCUUGAAGUUCUACGACUAUGUUCUGCAAAGAACUGAUGCCAGGGUGCGGGAUUAUCCGCUGAUGCAGAGUCCCAUUCUGAUGACGUUCAUCUUGCUGGGAUACGUGUUCUUCGUUUUAUAUGUGGGACCACGAUACAUGGCCAAUCGGAAACCUUUCCACCUCAACACAGCUAUGAUUGUCUAUAAUUUCUCAAUGGUGGCCUUCAACGCCUACAUUGUUUAUGAGUUCCUAAUGUCUGGCUGGGGAACAACAUACACUUGGAGAUGUGAUCUCUGUGACACCUCCAGCAGUCCUGAAGCUCUCAGAAUGGUUCGGGCAGCCUGGUUGUUCUAUUUUUCCAAAUAUAUUGAACUUCUAGAUACGGCAUUUUUUGUGUUGAGAAAGAAGCACAGUCAGGUGACGUUCCUGCAUAUCGUUCAUCAUUCCGUCUUACCCUGGACCUGGUGGUGGGGCAUCACUCUUACACCUGCGGGUGGCAUGGGUUCUUUUCAUGCUGUGGUGAACGCAUGUGUCCAUGUCAUCAUGUACACCUACUACGGUCUGGCUGCUGCAGGGCCCCGCUUCCAGAAGUAUCUGUGGUGGAAAAAGUACAUGACUGCAAUCCAACUGAUUCAGUUUGUGCUGGUGACUGGCCAUAUCUCUCAGUAUUACUUUAUGGAAAAGUGUGAAUACCAAGUUCCCAUCUUCAUUCAUCUCAUCUUGAUCUACGGCACCUUUUUCUUCAUCCUCUUCUCAAACUUCUGGAUCCAGGCCUACAUAAAGGGAAAGCGACUACCUGUUUCCACUGAGGACAAACCCAAACAGAACGGCAUCACCACUGUGAUUGAGCCUGUGGUAGUGGCCAAUGGCAAACACUUGGAAAAUGGCACUGUGCACAACACUAAUGGAUUUGCCCACAAUGGGAAAGUGAAGGAGGUCUAAAUGGGCCAAUCAGAGACAUUGUUGUUCAAUUAUUUUUGUCAAAUUUAAAUUUUUUUUAUGAUUGCAUGGGAGAUGAAACGGCACAUUGGAUCUGGCGGUGGGUCCCCCUUUCUUAGUAUUUAUAGAUGUUGGAGGCUGGGGAGCACUAUGCAUGAAGAGAAUUUGUCCACUGAAGUUGUUGACGUCACUCUGAAACCUGACAUCACGUCUGUGGUUUAAUCCGCUUGACCUUGCCUUUUUUUCCCCUGGCAUAUGAGUCUCCCAGUUGUUUGCACACUGUACAGUUUUCACAAAUCUAACUCACACUUGACUGUAAAUAAAUAUUUUCUCACAGUUUAUUGGAAAUGUAUGAGUUGUCCAUUUUUUUUUUUUAAGAGUUUGUUUCUAACUUAUUAGUUAAUAAACGCUUUUUAUAAUAAACUGUAUUUUUUGCUUUA